AAGCUUCACUGGGCAAAGAGCAAAAGUGAGGUGUUGGAGGUAAAGGUUGCUGAAGCUCAAGGUGGAAAUGGGCUAAGGCUUUCUGCAGUGUGGCCACCGGCUUGCACAACUGUUUUCUCAUCAUGUAGAGCUUUCACGUCCAGGCAGUGGUGGUGCAAGCCGAGGCGAGGCAGAUGGAAGGCCAGCCUGGAAUACAGAGUGAGUUCCAGGACAUCCAGUGCCACACAGAGAAACCCUGUUUCAGGAAGAAAAAAAACAGAACUUGUACUAAGAAAAGGCCUCCCCUUAGAAACGGGAAAGAGCAAACUAUUUGAAACAAAUGUAAAACACCUAAUAAGAAAGGGCUCAUAGGCACUGCAUAAAAACAAAAGCAACAUUGCAAGAAUGAAAUAACCUGGCAUCAUCCCUGAGUGCCAGCGUUUGUUUGGCAGCCAUGGCUUGGCCCCGUGUGCGGCUGGUUGUCACCGCUGAUGACUUUGGUUACUGCCCGCGGCGCGAUAAGGGCAUCGUGGAGGCCUUCCUAGCAGGCACUGUGACCAGCGUGUCACUGCUGGUGAACGGCACAGCAGCAGAGAGCGCGGCCGAGCUGGCCCUCAGGCACAGCAUCCCCACGGGUCUCCACGCCAACCUGACUGAGGGCCGUCCUGUGGGUCCGGCCCGCCACAACGCCUCGUCGCUCCUCAGCCCGGAAGGCUUCUUUCUCGGGAAGAUGGGAUUUCGGGAGGCUUUAGCGGCUGGAGACGUUGCUUUGCCCCAGGUGCGAGAGGAACUAGAAGCUCAACUCAGCCGCUUCCGGGAGUUGUUGGGCAGGUCCCCCACGCACGUGGACGGGCACCAGCACGUGCACGUGCUCCCAGGCGUGUGUCAGGUGUUUGCCGAGGCUCUACAGGCGUUCGGGGUGCGCUUCACACGGCUGCCAGUGGAACGCGGCGUAGGCAGCUGCGCGUGGCUGGAAGCGCCAGAGCGUGCCUUUGCCUGCACUGUGGAGCGCGACGCCCGGGCCGCCAUGGGCCCCUUCUCCCGCCACGGUCUGCGGUGGACCGAUGCCUUUGUGGGCCUGAGCACUUGUGGUCGACAUAUGUCUGCUCACCGAGUCUUGGCAUCACUGGCACGGGCCCUGGAAGAUAUCCCUGCUGACCGCGCGCUGACUGCUGAACUGAUGGCACAUCCGGGAUACCCCAGUGUGCCUCCAGCGGGGGGCUGCGGUGAGGGCCCCGAUGCUUUCUCUUGUUCUUGGGAGCGGCUGCAUGAGCUGCACGUCCUCACGGCACCCACCCUCCGGGCUCGGCUGGCCCAGAAUGGUGUGCAGCUCUGCGCCAUAGACGACCUGAAUUCCAAAAGGCCCGGGGAAGGUGUCCCCUGCGAGGCGGCUCUGGAGCCCUUCCUGGAGCCUUCCCCACCCUGACACCAAAGGCCAGCUACGAACUGCCUCUCUUGUGGAGGAAGGCCAGAGUUAAAGCUCUGGUCCAGCCUGGAACCAGGCCUUGGAGCAGGGGUCUGGCUUCCCAGAAUGACAAGUCACUAGCCCUGUUCCCAGGUCCUCACCGGACCUCGAGGCUGACAGGCAGGUGACCUCGAGGCUGAGUCGGUGACAUCUGAAUUUAAGGCCUGUUGAAUGAGCAUUUGGUGCCAAUUCAUGUCGCAGUUACAACCUUUUGUUUAGUGGAGCAGUGGAGAGAGGUUGGUGUGUUAAUAAAAUAAUGUCUUGCA